AUGACACGCGCACUCACCCUCUCGCUGGCCCUGCUGCCGCUCAUCGCGGCGCAGCAAAUCGGCACAUCCCCAGAAGUGCACCCCAAGCUCACCACCUACAAGUGCACAACCCGCGACGGGUGCGUCAAGCAAGAAACCUCCAUCGUGAUCGACGCCUCCGCGCACCAGAUCCACGAAAAGGGCACCGAAACCUCCUGCACAGACGACAGCGGCAACCUCGACACAACCAUCUGCCCGGACAAGGCCACCUGCGCUGAGACAUGCGUCGUCGAAGGCAUCGAAGACUACGCCAGCCACGGCGUCAAAACCGACGGCGACAGCCUCUUCCUGCGCCAGUACGUGCCGGACGGUGACGAGCUGACCAAGCCCUCGCCCCGAGUCUACCUGCUCGACCCCACCGGCGACGACUACAGCAUGCUGCAGCUGCUGAACCAGGAGUUCACCUUCGACGUCGACGUCUCCAAGCUCCCCUGCGGCAUGAACGGCGCGCUGUACCUGUCCGAGAUGGCCGCGUCGGGCGGCCGCAGCGAGCUGAACCCUGCCGGCGCGCACUACGGCACGGGGUACUGCGACGCGCAGUGCUUCACGACGGCGUGGGUGAACGGCGAGGGCAACGUCGACGAAGUCGGAUCCUGCUGCAACGAGAUGGACAUCUGGGAGGCGAACGCGCGGGCGACGGGGUUCACGCCUCACCCGUGCGACACGGAGGGGCUGGUCGAGUGCGAGGGCGAGGAAGAGUGCGGCGACGCGGGGAUCUGCGACAAGAUCGGGUGCGGGUUCAACCCUUAUGCGCUUGGGGCACACGACUACUACGGGUACAACAAGACGGUGAACUCGAAGAAGCCGUUUACGGUGGUGACGCAGUUUGUGACGAAGGGGAACGAGACGGAGGGGGGCGAGCUGGCGGAGAUCCGUCGGCAGUAUGUGCAGGAUGGACGGGUGAUUUCGAACGCGGUGGUGAAGGUUGAUGGCGGGGAGGCGGAUUCGAUUACGGAUGGACUGUGCCCUGAUACGGAGAGCGCGUAUCAGCGGCUGGGCGGGAUGAAGCAGAUGGGGGGCGCGCUGGGGAGGGGCAUGGUGCUUGCGAUGAGUAUCUGGAAUGAUGAGGAUACUUUCAUGAACUGGUUGGAUAGUGGGGAUGCCGGGCCGUGCAGUGCUACGGAGGGGGAUCCGGCGUUGAUUGAGAAGCAGGUUCCUGAUACUGCGGUGACUUUCUCGAAUAUCCGCUGGGGCGAUAUUGGGAGGCGUUAG